AUGGGACACUGGGAGAGCCUCCAGCUCCUGGAGAAGGUGGACAUGAGGGUGCAGGCACCUGUUGGCAGCCAGAACGAGUCCCUGGAGAGGCAGCUGCGGGAGCUGGAGGAGCGCUACGCCCUGGAGACGGCCGGCUACCAGGACACAGUGGCACGGCUGGAGGAGGACAUCCAGAGCCUCAAGGAGGAGAUGGCCCGGCACCUGCAGGACUACCAGGACCUGCUCAAUGUCAAGCUGGCCCUGGACAUGGAGAUCGCCACGUACCGCAAGCUGCUGGAGGGCGAGGAGAGCAGGAUCACCAUCCCUGUGCAGAGCUUCUCCAACCUGCAGGUCCGAGAGAACAGCCUGGACACCAAAUCUGUGUCAGAAACCCACGUGAAGAGGAGGAUCGUGGUCAAAACUGUGGAGACUCGAGAUGGAGAGGUGCUCAAGGAGUCCAAGCAGGAGCACAAGGAGGGGCCGUAGGGCGGACGAUCCCGAGCUCCGCAGGUCCCGCCCGACGCUUCAAGAGAGCCCCGCGGGCACGGGG